AUGGCAGCGACGACGUGGCGCGUGCUCUUGCUGGCGCCGGCAGUCGUCUCGGGCCUCUUUGUCUUUCCGGACAACUGCGGUCGGCCGGGCUUCAUCGCGGUGCCAGACGAGCUCCGAUGCGCCUGCGCCCACGCGACGCGCGUCUCGACCAUCGACUACCUCAGCCUCCACUACUGCGAUAUGGAUGCGCUGCCGCUCAUCUCGGUCACGCUGCUCUCGACACUGCUCUGCCUCCUCUUUUACAGCGUCGGCGACACGACCGAUCGGUAUAUGGUCCCGGCCGUCACGUCGAUCGCAGCCAUGACGCGACUCGACCCGAGCGUCGCCGGCGCCACGCUCCUCGCCUUUGCCAACGGCGCGCCCGACCUCUUCUCGUGCGUCGCAUCCUUCUCGGGCGCGCACACGCACAGCGGGUUUGGCGUCGGCGGGCUGAUCGGCAGCGGCCUCGUUGUCGCUGUCUUUACGCUCGGGCACUUGGCGUAUCUCGCGGAUGGCUUUGAUCUGCGCAAGUCGCCGUUCAUGCGCGACGUCGCGUUCUACCUCGUGACGGUACUUGGGCUCUUGCUCGCCUACCGCGUUGGCUACAUCUCGGUGCCCAUGGCCAUCGCCGCGAUCGGUUGGUAUGCCGUCUACACGGUCUCGGUCGUGCGCAUGCCCAGCAUGCCGCCGCCAGCGAUCGAGGACGACGACGACGACGACAAAGCACAUGUCGUGCUGCCCGCCACCACCGCCACGGAGGACAUUGCUGUGUCGAUGGAUCCCAAGGAGGAGGACGAUGAAGAUGACGAAUGCGCGUCGACGACCGACACACUCAUGAGCGUCGACGAGUCGCCGCGGUCGUUCUGGUGCGACGUCACCGACUGGGACAAGGUCGGGCGACUGCACAAGGUGGUGCUUGUGCUGCUCGCGCCGUUUCUCUUGGCGCGCCACGUCACGGUGCCCCGGCUCGAGUCGCCCGUCGUCUCGCGCAAGGAGCUCACGACCGUCGCCUUUGCCUUGCCGUCCUUUCUUUUGGCGGUGAGUACGCGGUUUGUGCACGUGCCUCUGACGGCGUUUGGUGCUGCGCUCGUCGUUAGCACUGUCCUCGCGGGCCUCACGUACCAUUGGUGCGACGGUGCGCGUCGGUCGUGGCAGCUUCUCCGAUCGUUCCUUGCCCUCUUUCUCUCGAGUCUCUGGGUCUUUGUGAUUGGCCACGAGAUCGUCGCCGUCAUGUACGUCCUCGGUGUCGGCGUCGGGAUCUCGAGUGGAACACUUGGUAUCCUCGUGCUCGCGUGGGGCAACUCGAUCGGCGACUUUGUCGGGAACCGCGCGCUGGUCCGGCAAGGCCACGUGCACAUGGCGACGGCGGCGUGCAUUGCCGGGCCGAUCUUCAACACGCUCGUUGGCGGCGGCCUCUCGCUGCUGCUCGGCUGUCUCUACGCCACCAACCACCGCGUCGCGAUCUGGAGCGCCGACCACAAUGGAUCGCUCGGCAUUGGUUUUGUUGUCUUGGCCAUCGCGCUGCUCUCGCUCUUGGUGCUCGGGUCAAGGUACCCGGCCAAAGACAUUGAGCUCACGCCGACCUUUGGGCUCUUCCUCGUCGCCCUCUACAGCCUCUUUUGCGUCUGGACCCUCGUGGACGAGACAUCGAGCAGGCAAAACAACGACUGA